AUGGCGACCGAGUUGACAGUCCAGGCCGAGCGCGCCUACCAGAAGCAGCCUCACAUCUUCCUCAACCACAAAUCCAAGGCGGCGAAGAGCAGGAGAGUCGGCAAGGGCGGGCGAAGAUGGUACAAGGACGUCGGGUUGGGCUUCAGGACGCCAAAGACUGCGAUUGAGGGAUCGUACAUUGACAAGAAAUGCCCCUUCACCGGCAUGGUCUCGAUUCGAGGCCGUAUCCUCACCGGCACCGUUGUUUCCACCAAGAUGCACCGAACCUUGAUCCUCCGCCGAGAAUACCUCCACUUUGUCCCCAAAUACGCUCGAUAUGAGAAGAGGCACAAGAACUUGGCCGCACACGUUUCCCCGGCUUUCCGUGUCGAAGAAGGUGAUCAGGUCACUGUGGGCCAGUGCAGACCUCUGAGCAAGACUGUCCGAUUCAACGUUCUCCGUGUGUUGCCCCGAACAGGAAAGGCGGUCAAGGCGUUCCAGAAAUUCUAA